AGUUGGCUCAAGGUGACGAAGCGCCCAAAGGCAAGCCCAGAUACUCAUCGUACCAAAGGUAUCUCAGCCUUCCCGUUGGAGAUGGGCAGCUUUAGCCGAGGUGUGGUCUCAUGAUGCGGCUGAGCCUUGCCCUCGCCCUUGCGGCGUCGGCUGCGGCGACAUCGGCUUCGGCCGCUUUGCGGCGCCUGGACCUCACGGAGUACCGGUCCUGGUCGCUGACCCAACCGGCGGCGAGCAAUGCGAUCUCCUACGUCCAAGAGAGCAAUGCGCUCUUUGUGCGUGCGGGCGUGCCCUAUGCAGAGCUGAUUUUGCAUGCAUCCAACGGCCUGUCCACCAACACCUCGGAGAGCCGCAUCAAGCUGGUCCUUAGCUCCGCCUUUGGCGACACCGACUGCUUGCCCGGCGCCCACGAGGUGCUUGACAUCGUUUGGCCCAAUGCACCGGUGCCCACGGCACUGGAUGGGGAGACCUCCGCGCUCAGCGCGCUGGAUUACCAGAACAGCUGGGCCAACGCGCGGUUCCCACUCAGCGGCACCUUCAAGAUGUGCUACAUGGAUCUGUCCCUGGGUUACUGGCGGCUGGUGCCGGGCCAGUUCACCGCCACGGGCGCGGACACCAACUCCCAGAUGUUCUUUUGCCUCACCGACAGCGACUGCUUUCUGCAGAUCACCGGGCCGGUGAAGGUCAGCUGGAAGCUCACGGUGGCCGACCCGGCAGUGGGCUGCGGGGUUGCCUUCAGCGGCGCCUUCGGCCUGGAUGUGUCGGAGGUAUCUGCGGAGGUGGGGGAGGAGGAGACGCGGAACGUCCACUCCCUGGGGACGCAGAUCUCCAGCUCUGCGACAGGCUACGCGGUGUGCUACUGCACUGGGUACAAUGCAGACAACACGGGGCAGAUCUGUGAGCAGCCCGAGGACUUCGUGCAGCUCGUGGGGCUGCUGUACACCACCCAGGUGAUGCCCAAGCAAACGCUGCGCUUCGACUUGCAGGUGCUUUGUGGGGACGGGUGCCCGCUCACUGGCCUCAGGGUGAAGUUGGUGGACUUCAGCCCCGACAACGGCCGCGCUGCCUUCGACCCUUUGAGCGGCUGCCGCACCGCGCAGCAGGCGCCCAGCUACAUGUCGCCCAUCAACUGCCUUUCGCCCACCGACUGCAGCCUGGAACCAAGCUUGGCCUCUGCCAGCGCGCCGGAAUGGUCCAACUUCCGGGUCUUUCCCACCUACGAGAACCGCGCCCAGAAGCCAGCGACCUAUGAUGUAUGCCUGUGCCUGAGCUCCUGCGAGUUGGCGUCCUCCUGGUUCAAGGCCGGGUCCUUCCAGACCUCGGUGCCGCAGCUGCGGCCGGCUCCCUUCCUGGCCAACCAGGUCAUGGACCUCCAGCUCUACGGGGCCAACGGGGGCUGGGGCGUCGGAACCGCCGCGGCCCCGGAGCUGAAGAUCCUCUACGACCCCAACGGGGACCUCCAGGCCGCCGAGUGCUUCUCCAGGCCGCAGGACCUGCAAAGCCUGGCGGGCCACUUCUGCCUCUCCACCACCGACUGCAAGGCCCCGGACAUCAGCGACCAGGACGGGCACACCUGGCAGAAGGUGCGGAUCUUCUAUGCAGGCAUGUACGCCAUUUGCUACUGCGAGGAGCAGUGCCACAGCGCGGGCCAGUGGGGCCUUCUCAGCUGGCAGUUGGUGGCGGGGCCUUCGCACCUCCACACCUGGCGCCGCUUCCGGGGCCUUCCCUUCGAUCUGGACGUGGCCGGCUGGGGCCUCAGCGCCCAGAACCGCCUCAAGGCGGUGGACGCUUCAGCGGCCUGUGGGGCCGCCUUUUCCCAGCGCCUGGAGAUCCCCGACGCCGCGCCGGAGCAGCUGGGCAACGCCAGCGGCCUGCAAUCCAUCGUGAGCACCUACGAUGGUGCUCUGGUGAGCUGUGACACUGCCCAUGACCUGGUGGUGGAUGACGAGGUGAGCUUGAGCGGGGUGGCUAGCAGCUGCCAAUUCUGCGCGGAGCUGCUGAACUCGCGGCCCUUGCGGGUGAUCCGGGUGCCCGCCUCCACGCAGUUCGUGCUGCAGCUCAGCUACGAGACCUUCCCCGACUUUUUGAUGGAGAACGCCAGCUGGGCUCGGUCCAGCCGGGUGACCUUCCAGGACGUGGUGGCAUCCAGCCCUGGGGAUUACCAGAUCUGCUGGUCGGUGGCGCCCUCCACGUCCCCAGAGGACUUUGGCGCCAGCGCAGGGCUUCUCUCAGUGCUGGAGCCGCCGCUUUUCGAGGCCCAGGUGCACAACAUCGCCACAGAAGCAGGCGUGGGUGCGCCGGCGGUGGUGUCCUUCACCACGCAGAGCCGCGCGGAGUACCCGGAGCCCAAGGAGAGCCGCCUGCGGCUGCGGUUCCCACACCUGGAUCUGCUGUCGCCGGUUGGCCCGGCGGGCACUGCGGAGGAGGUGACGUUGCCGAACGCGCGACAGAGCAGCUGCGGCCGCAUCAUUCGGGAGCUUUGGUCCAGCGAUGUGGACGGCUUUCCCAUGCCCAAGGGCUGCACCUUCGAGAAGGACGGGGGCGUUUUCCACGAGUACGCGCUGAUCUUCGGUGCGGGAAACGGCCUGAAGCGCGCCACUCACUACCAGCUGGUAUUGGACGUGUCAGCCUCGGUCACUUCCGCCUUCCCGCCAAAUGACGGCGUGCUGCAGCUAUGGUCCAUGGGCGACAACACUGACUACUUUCGUGUGAUCGAAUACGCCCCUGCAUGGCUCCAGAGGCCUGUGGUGGCAGGGGCAUCGGGGACGCAGCCGCGGCUGCACAGCGCCGGGGGCGUGGAGCUGGUGGGCGCCGACCUGCUGGACUUGAGCGCGCAGGGCAACACAGCGGACAUCGAGCUGAGGCUGCGGGCGGAGGCGGGCGCGGAGAUACAGCAGGGCCACCAGCUGCAGAUCUUCCUAUGGCCGUUGACUCAGUGGCAUGUCUCGGAGUUCUGCUCUGCUGCGUGCGCGGCGGCACCGCUGAACUCCUGCAACUCCCCGGGCUGCUCCGUGCUGCCCUUCCUCUCGCGGAACGCCCUGCUGCGCCUGGUUUUCGCGGAGAUGGAUCCCAUCUCGGAUACCGUGCAGCACACGGUACGGCUGAUUGCCCUACAGCUGCCAGUGAGCGGCUUCUUCGGCACACGCCUGGGUGCAGAGCUGUCAGGGGGCGACGCGCCCUCUUUCCAGAUAUCCACAGGCGCUGUGCUUUUCGCUGCCCCCAGUGCUGCCGGCACUGUCCUUCCGCUUGCGCAGGACAAGCCAUUCCGCGGGGAUCAGCAGAACCACCUCUUUGUGAAGCUGACCCUCGCCAGUGCCCUGUGGGGCGGCGCUGUGGCCGCCGCCGCCGUGGGCGCCGGCAGCUCCGUGCAGAGCGUUUUGGGCCUCGAGCUGCAGCUGCCGCAGGGCUACGCCUGUCUGGGCGCAGAACCCGCACAGAGCCACGAGCUGGGAGAGUACGGGCAGGGCCGCGGUGACAUCGGCUUGGAUGCGGAACUGGAUGGCUACUGGCUGUACAGCGGGCGUUUGUGCAUCUACACGUUGCGCCCCUACGGGGUGGUCUAUGGCAACAGCUCCCUAGUGGUGAAGCUCACGGUGGACAACCCGGGUACCACGAUGCCCCGCACAGAGCCCACGAAUGUUUGGACCAUCAGGCUGCGGGGCGCCUACGCGCCGUUGACCACGACGGGGGUCGCGGUGGCGCUGCAAAGCGGGCAGCUUCGCACCUUCGAAGCGACGGCAGCGGGGGGGCGCUCCAAUGCCCCGGUGCUGGGGGUGCUCACAGACGCCAGCGUGUCGCCGGAGUCCUUCGGCGCUGCGGCCAGGAACUGGCUCAGCGUCUUCUUCACCGUGGAGCAGAGUGCUGCCCACGGCGCGCAGCUGCAGCUGGAGCUGGCGGAGGGCUUUUUGUUCCAGACCCAGUGCCUCACGCAGCGCCUGCCCAGCUACCACUACGCGAGCGCCUCGGCGCAGCUGGGCCUGGCGCCGCUGCUGCCGGUGCCCGUGCUGCGCUGCCGCGGCCAGCUGCACACCGCGCUGGUCACGGCGCCCUCCAGCGCCUCCCUGGUGGCAGGGCAAAGCUAUGGCUUCCAGAUCCAGGUGUUGAAUGCUCGGACUUACCAGCAGCAGCAGCAUGAUGCCGUCAGGCUCACCACCCUCAGCGCCACUGGCGACGCCCUGGACGGCAGCCUGGAGACGUUGCGCUACGUGGCCAGCGACCCCGAGGGCCCCGGUGCGUCCUUCGGGGUGUACCAACUGGCCAUGGAGCCAGGAUCCUUUGUGCUGAGCUUCGACAACAUGCUGCCCUACUCCCAGACUGCCUCGCCCACCCGCGUGGUGGUUUUUCCGCUCAAGGUGCCCUUCGACUCCAUGGAGCCGCUGCUUUGGCGCCUGGUGGCGCCCCUGGGCUACGCCUGGGACUUCGCGCCCGGGGACUUCCUCUUCCGCCGCCAGGACAUCUUGGGGGUCACCGCGGACAUGCCGCUGCUGGAAGCGCCCAGCCCCACGGUGACCUCGGUGCUGCUCUUCGAAAGCGCCAACUUCCAAGGUGCCUGGAACCGCCUGCAAACCUACGGCUGUGUGGCGAGGAUUCGAGUGCCGGACAGCACGCCCCGACGCUCCAGCAAUCGGUUCCUGGUGGAGUUUGGCUUCGAUGCACAGCCAGCCGGGCGGCUGGCAGCAGCCUCCGCUGAAGCGCCCCAGGUCCGGGCCAUUGUCAACUUUAUGGUGGACUACUUCCUGACCAGCUUGGCGGGAAAAGAGAAUGUGCUGCAGAUCCAGUUCCAGUCGGUGACUGCCUUGACGCUGGGCGGCUUCCUACUCAUCGAGGCCCCCGCCGGCUUCUCGGUGGAGGCCAGCUGCGCGGUGCAGGAGAGCCCGGCGCUGGACCAGUCCUUCCAGGACCUGGUCACUGCUGGCGCCGUGCUGCGCUGCAGCUCGGAGGUGCCCUUUGCCACCCAGCGGCCCCAGGUGACCUUGGUGGUGGUCAGCGGGGAGGUGCCGGCGGGGGCGUACAGCUUCCGCCUGGACGCACGGAACCCGCUGGUGCCGGAGCAGGGAGGCCUCGUGUGGAGCAUCUCCAGCGACGCCGGCGGCACGCCAGCAGACAUGGGCGCCACCGUGGAAGGUUUCCCGGUGGAGUCGGCCAUGGCUUAUGGGGAGCUGCUGGGUGCGGAUACUGUGAGCUUCGCGGCCACGGGCAGGGACGACCACCCGGGCCAGGUGACCAACGUGAUCCUGGCCUUUGAGCUGAGCAGCACGCCGUCCUUCGCGGGCACGGCUCCUUUGACGGUGAAAGCGCCGCCGGGGUUCGUUUUCCCCACGCUCUGCACUUUCAUGGUCACUGGGGACGUCUUCGGGGACGCGCUCCCCUUCCCCGCAACUUUCUCCGCCUUUGACGCCUUAGCGGUGGUGUCCAGCUGCGAAGGCUCGAGCAGCCGCGCGGUUCUCGUGGUGGCCCCUGGCCUGCGCAGCGGGCGGCGCUAUGUGCUGCGCUUGGGGGGCGUCAACCCGGAGACGACGCCGGAACAAUGGCAGAACUUCUGGAGCAUCAGCUUCGGGAACCAAGCAACGGAGCCCUUCGAGGGCUACCGCCUUUGGCGCUUCACGGAGAUGGCGGUGGCACCCAGUGCCACAGCGCGGUCCACGCGGGCGGAGGAGACCUCCAACAAUGUGACCAUCGUCUUCCGCACCACCAACGCGGUCACUUUGGAUGGCUUCCUCGCACUGCAGGCGCCCUUCGGCUUCCGCUUCCCCACGACCUGCGCCGCCGCGGGGUCCGCGGAGUCCGCGGCGGUGGCGGUGGCCUGCGCGGGGACGGCGGCGCCGGGGAACACGGCGCGGCUCACGCUGGAGCUGGCGGCGCUGACCAAGUACACGCUGGCAAUACAGUGUGCGAACCCCAUCAGCAUUGCGGCAGAGGCUGGCACCUGGCAACUGCAGAGCUUCUCAGCGAAGGAGGCGGAGUACGAGAAGCUCCUGGACCUCGGCCAGGCCGAAGGCUUCCUCCUCACCGAGGUCUUCCACACCCUGAAGGUCAUCUACCCGGUGACCACGGUGGGUGAUGAGCUCGAGCUGCGCAUGCAGAUUUUGCUCUACACCGCGAUUGAGCGUGGUGACGUCCUGCAGAUCACGGCGCCCGAUGGCUAUGACUUUACAGGAAAUGGCACGGCUUGCGCAACAUUCAGGAAGUACUCAGCCAUCGAGAUGCCAAUCCCGGAGUGUGCGACUCGAGCGGUGCGCUUUACUUUCCUGGUGCAAGGCCUGGCGCUGGUCGAGGCCCAGGGCGCGGUGCUCACGCCGCUGCUGGACUUCGCAGUGGGGUCCCGGUACCCACGGAAGACCCUCAGCGCCCAGGCCACCGUCUUCCUCGGGGAGCAGCUGCGGGGCGCUGCCACGGUGGCGGCCAAGACGGUGAGUGGCCAGCUGGUGACUCCACGGCUGUUGGACAUCUCGGUGCAGCGCUUGGACGCCAAGAUCUCGGUGGGAAGCCUCAGCACCCUGAGGCUCACCUUCCGCGUGAGCCAGGAUGCCGACGUCCUACACAUCACCACGGUGCAGGACGCGGCGCGCUCGGAGCUGCGCUUUGACUUCUCCCGCGCCCAGGCCGUGGAGCCCGAGGUGCAGGUGGUGCGCAGCAAUGCCUCGCUGCAGCUACAGAUGCAGCUGCGCCAGGGCCUUGCCUACGGUGUAACCAUCGCGGACGUGCAGAACCCGUCGGCGCCUGGCACGGCACUGUGGACGCUGAGCACCUUUGUGUCGGCAGCAACAGAGGAGAAUCAGCGCGACCGGUCCGUGAACAUCGCGGGGCCUGCAACUCUGGUCCGCAUCAAUGUGGACGACGUGCACACGAACCUCGCCGAUCCCUUCUUCGACAUUGUGAAGACGGAGCUGUCGCUGGGGUUUUGGGCCACCGGGCCCUUGAACGCGCAGUACGUGUCGCUGGCGGCGCCCUUGGGCUUCGCUUUUUUGGAGCAGAGCUUCAGCCCCGGGGAAGGCUUCCCGCUGAUCUCGGGCCAAGUCUUGUUGGAGAACGAGGCCGACCGGCCCAGCAUGACGGUUCAAGUGCUCACACCGCUGGCAGUAGGUACAACCGCGAAGUUCACGGUGAGGCUGCAGACGCCAGCGGCGCCGGAGGAUUUGGCGCUGUGGGCGCAGACCCAUCAGAGCAGCUGGCUACUGAGGAGCUGCAGAGACCUCCAGUGCCAGGAUGUCGCCGCGAGCAACGACGACCUCUUCCCAGGCUUCCAGCUGAAGGCCUCCUUCGGCGCGGCCCAAGUGCUGCCGGAGGCCAACGGCGUGGCGCCGCAGCUGCGGGUCACCGUGACCGUCACCAUCAGCCCCAAGGCGUCUUUGUCCUCGAACUUGCAGGGUGGCACGGUGCAUCUGCGGAUCAGGGCGCCUUUGGGCUUCGACUUCGAGGCCAGCUGUCUGGCGGUGACCCCGAACACCGCCUUCCAGCGCUGCGAGGGCGCAGGGCGCCUCGCGGUGCUGCCGGCCUGGGACGGUCAGCUUGGCGCGGGCUUCACCUCAGUGCCGCUGUUCGUCACCAACGCCGCCAUGACGUUGGGCACCAACACCUGGGUGCUGGAGACCUUCGUGGAUCUCAACAUUUCGGAGGUCCAGCAGGCGGACAGCGCGCUGGCGCGGCAGCGGAGUCAGGUUGUGGGCUACGAGAUCCGGGAGCUGCUGGAAGCUGCGGUGGGGGGCAACACCCAGCGCGCUUCGGUGACCACGGUCUUCGUGUGGUUCCUGGCCUCCCGCUUCCUCGACGUGGGCGGCGCCGUGCAGCUCCAUGCGCCCCCGAGCUACGAGCUCCGCUGCUACCCGCGGGUGCAGUACAUCAGUCUGCCGGCGGGAUCCUGCAGGCUCCUGGCAGGAGUGACGUCCUCCACCGGCGACGUAUAUCACCAGUACCUGUCCUUGGCCCUGACGUUGCCGGGCCAGCAACUGUACCCGAACACCGCCUACGAGUUCGGCGUGGCGGCGGUAAACCCCUCCGGCGCCAGCAAUCCCAACUACUGGGGCUUGGUGCUUUUGAAGCCCAACAACGAGGUGGUCGACUCGACGCGCACUCUGCCAGGAUAUGAUCUGACGGACUUCCAGAUCCUAAUCCAAACUCCGCUGCCCACCUCCACGCGGCCCUCCGUGGUGAACUUCGUUCAGCUGGCCAUGACCUUCGCCAGGCAGCUGGAUCCCGGCGAAGCCGCGCACGUUCUGCACUGCAUCGCAAGCACGCACUGCUGGAGCAAUCACCAUUUUGGCGCCCAGCAGCUCAAAGGUGCUUUGCCAGCGCUUCAGCGACAUCACCGGCGGAGGCAACUUGGCCGCGGCGUUACCGCUGGACAGCACCGUGGGCACCUACGGUACCCACUCCUGCCAGCUGCAAAACUCCCUGACGCUGCACCUGGACAUCACUCGGCCAGUGUUCGUGGGCACCUAUGUCUUGCAGCUAGGUGUCCUGAACCCUGGCAUGCGGGCAGCGAAGGACUUCUGGGGAGUGGAGCUGAUCAAGGAGGUCCUGAAUUGGCGUACAGCCCCGGCAGUGCUGCACGUGCAGGUCAGCGGCUUCGGUGUGUCGCAGCCCUUCGUGACCGAGAUCGAGCCGGUGGCCGGCGGAGGCGCCACGUCGAAUUCCGCGUUCGUCACCAACCUCCUGAUGCUAUUGUUUGUGCUGAUCACACGUUGAUGACGAGGCGGAAGAGGCCAGAAAAGGGCGCGGGCACAAGGUGCAUGGCACCAUGUGGACAAGGUGCCCUUGACGAGGUCAAGGUGCUGACGCGGAGAAGUUGAGGCGUCCGAACGACUCUGAGCCCAUCUGAGAUCCGACACGAUGCACGCGACCUGAGACCAGCGCGGCCAAUCGGCAAAGGCCGGGCCAUUCGCCGCCAGUCGAGAGACGUCACAAGGCUGACAAGUUAGAUCCGACCCUGCGCGACUGCAUGAGCUCGACUGCGACCGACGACGG